CGUAAUGACGCGCACACUCUCCAAGUUUAGAGGACUUUUUAAUAGAACGACACACACACAGUACGUGCAUGAUACUGAGUCUUUCCUGGAACAGCAGAAGCGAGAAGAGAUGGCGACACCAGAAAACACUCCUCCUGAUGACCAGAGAAGUCAUGAUCGCAAAGUGGCUGACGCCAUGAACGUGAUAAAAAGCCAGCUUGAACACAUUCAAAAAGAGUUUGCAGACCGUGAUGCAAAAAUUAAAGAUCUGGAGGAGGCUCUGUCUACAGAGAGGGAGCGGAAGCGUCAAGAACAAAGGGUACGCCAAACCAUGUCGGCCAGCCAAAAGAGAAAACGUCCCAGCGAGGCUUCGAGCUUCCCCAGCAAAGAUGUGGCUCAUACUGACAUCACCCAGCAGGCCUCUGCUAGCAGGCAGGGCACCAUGAAAUUGGUCCAGCAAGACAAAUAUGUCCAAAUCUGGAAUGACGCAGAUGAGGAUCAGAAUUUGGGGAACUGGCAGGUGCAGUGCCAGGUUGGAUCUUCUGCUCCCAUCAUAUUCAAGUUUCCCGCAGAAUUAAUCCUGAAGGCCGGCCAGACUGUCACGAUCUGGGCGGCUGGUGCUGGCGGAAACCACAAUCCUCCCUCUGAACUAGUCUCGGAGGCCAACUGGGGAACCGUAGGCCUGUUCCAGACUACCUUGAUGAACGCCAACGGAGAGGAAAUGGACAUAAAGAAAGACGCUGGCACACGUUUGGAAGAUGAUGAUGGAAAUUCCGCUUCCACCUCGGGAUAG